AUGUCUACAAACUCCUCUCGUCCUCAGGAUAGUUCUAUCCUGAGCGAGUCUUGGGUAGUGGCAUCGUCGUCCCCCGACGAGGAAGAACGACCGAAUAAGGACCAGCCUUCCGAAAGCCCAAGUCAAAGCCGUCACCUAAACAAAGAGGCUGGCCGUCAUAAGUGUAACAAUGGAUCCGACUCAAUGACCACAUCGGCCUCCUCCAUAUCAGGCCCCGAACUCAUUAUGCCCUCAAUAUAUGAGACACCUAUCGCAGAAGGUUCCUGGGUCGCGCCAGCUGUGCGAUCCAAAUCAAAGACUGCACACUCUCUUAGGCGCAGACAUAAAGCAGCGCGCGAAAACACAUCCCGAAGAGAGAAACAUGACCUGGAUACGUCCAAGGACGGUGACUCUUCUUCGCAAGGGCCAAACUCUAGUCAGGUAGAUGAGAAGCUCGCUCGUCCAAAGUCAGCAUCAAGGUCUAAAAUGUUGGAAACGCUGAUUCGAACUAUAAUAAACGUGCUACUUGUUGUGGCCAUUUCGCAUUUGCUCAUCAUCCCCGAAGUAGUCCAGCAGUAUCAAACCCUCUGCACGAUAGAAGCUAUUUCCACUCUAUACCCGGCCAGUUGUAUUCCACCUUACCCCCAACCUCAGCCCAACCGUCACCGUGCAUCCCGCUCCGACACCCUCGUAUCCUCACAGAUGCGACUAGAAUCCCUAUUCAACACGACUCUGCAUGCAAUGACCCCACUAUCAGACACACUGAAACAAAGCGAAUCGAAGCUCCGCGACAUCGAGACGGAGCUAAAGAAGGCGUACCCGGGCAUGAAACACGAGCUCGACCUCGAAUUCAGCGGCUGCUGGGAAGCCACCAGAGCCGCCACCAAGAAAUUCGAUUCCCUCAAAGUUGAUAUCCGUUCUGCGGUCGAUAAUUUAAUCGCAACCAGUGGGACUACGGCAGGUGGCUCUCAAACCGCCGCUCAGGGCGCCCGCCUAUCGACGCAGAUGUCGUGGCGCGAACAGUAUCUAGAUCAGCUGACUGCCCGCAUGCAGGGCAAGGCUGACUCCUUGUCGAACGAUCUCGCCACACUAGAUGACCACCUAGAAUCUAUUGGUAGCAUCUUGGUUCGGGAAAUGAAACAAUCAUCGACAUCUCCAGGUACAACGGACUCCGCUGCGGAGUCUCCUGGCGGUGGGCUCCGGGCGUUCGUUGACAAAUUGCCUUCAUUUUUCCGUCAAACAAUGGACGGAGACGACCCAACUCGUUCGGAUCCGUCGAUAUCUGAGCUCUUCCAGGACGCUGCGGAGCAGCAUCGGCCCGUCAUUGAUGCUGUGCGACGAUUGUCCUCCGAAUUGCAAACCUUUCAGAAGAAGAGGGCAUACUGA